AUGGGGAAGCCGAUGAUAAUGUUGAAUGUCCAAGGAGACAACAUGCUAUGGGAAGCCCUGUUCCAGUGUGGUAAUCUGUAUCCAGAAUAUCAAUGUGAAGACUGUUUUGGGAUUGAACUCUGUUGUUCCUCUUGCACGGUGAUGAUGCACAAGAAUCACCCACUACAUUGGUUGCAGGUAGAUAGUGAUUACUUCAAAUCUGCAAGCCUGAAGAGCCUUGGUCUCCAGAUCCAGCUCAGUCAUGCACUAGGCCAUACCUGUUCCGAUCCCUGUUGCGCAUUCAAUGAUGACUUUCAUUGGAUUUUUGUGACUGCAAUCUGGGACCCUAAAAUGGCUGCUAUGUUUCGCCUUCUAGAAGAAUUUUACCUCUUGUCCUUUGAGUCGAAGGUGUCUGCUUAUGAGUUUUAUUAUGCGCUAAUGCAGAGGUUUGAUAACACGGGGAUCAGUCCUAUCAAAAAUCGAUACAACUCAUUCAUGAGGAUGAUACGUGAAUGGUCACACGAUCCCAACAGCAUUGAUGCAACAACAGAGGGUGCAUGUGCUGUUCCAUGCCCAGCCUGCCUGCAGCCUGGGAAGCACUUACCAUCUAACUGGAGAGAGGCCCCUCCCACUAAAAGCUGGUUGUAUGGCCUAUCUGUGGCCAUCAAUGCAAAUUUCUGGCUGAAAUGUAAAGAAAGUGCAUACAAGGCCUUUCUAAAUGAUAAUUCUGAUAUUAGCCAGGAGGUGACCACAACACUGGUAAACAUGGCAGAUACCAAAUCAAAUUGUGGUCUGGCAGCUAUGGGGCUGGGUGCCAUUGACUGUGCUCGCCACAACAUGAAGCUACUAACAGCAGUCAGGGACCUCCAGAAAGGAGAAAAAUACAUAAAUAUGGAUUAUCUAUUUUUUUUGACUCUUCAGUAUACCACUGUUGAUAUUCUCAAUGUCUCAUAUGAUAUCGCAUGCCAAUGGAAUAAGAAUCUAUGGCACUGCAUGACAUCAUUUCCCCCUUCCAUGCGACUAAACCAUGAUGCCAAGAAAAUUACCUUCUUUGUCCCUAAAUUCCAUCUGCCCUUGCAGAUCCAACAAUGCCAAACUAAAUUUUUGUUUAAUUUUGCACCCAGUCGAGGGUGGGCAAAUAUCAACCCCAUGACAUCAAGCACCAAAGAGAUGGGCCCAGGCAUGAGACGAGACACGCUGGAUGAUUUUUUUGGAGAUUGGAACUGGAGGAAGAUCACUGGUCUACAGCAGUUAUUUUUACAGAGAGAGGCACUGCUUACUGAUGCAUCACUAAUGCAUAUGAAAGAGGCCUUGCCUGAACUGUCGGAACAUAAAGCAGCUCUGGAUAACCUUGAAGAAGGGCUGAAAGAAGAAUACUCAGAAGCAUUGAGCAGGUGGAAAGAGGAGGUCAAGGCAUGGGAAUAUAUCACCCUUGCUUCUGUGUGUCUUAAACUCGCAAAAGAGGAGGCAUUGGAAAUAGAACUUGGUGGCUCCCAUGCACUGCAUGAAGAUUGUUCACUUAGCAUGCUGAUUAGCAGUGGCCUAGAACUCGAAGAACAACAACGACGUCUUACAGCUGACAAGGCAGGUCUGGGCAUUCAUGCCACAAAUACUCAAGAAGGUAUGCUCAUUCAGCACAGUAACAGUCUUCAGCACCAGAUCAAGGCUUGGGUCAAAGUCCAGGAACUAUACAUGCCAAUGCUUGCAGCUCUACGAUGGGACAAGGCCAACAUUGUUGGAACUGCUACUUGUGACCUCAAAUUUCAGGCCAUCAAGUGGAAACUUAGAUAUGCACAAGCCCACAAUACUCUCUGUUUCCUAUGCUCUAAUCUCCAUGCGCAAACCGCUGAUGCGUGCAAGGCGCUGGUGGUUCUCGCUUCCCUCAUCAAGGAGACAGGCUGGCAGUCCUCCCUGCAGCUGCUCAAUUAUCUCCUGUGGGGCCAGACUGAGGAAAGGCGUAAGCUGUCUUGGAUUUGGAAUAUGUGGAGUGCACAUGGAGAUGAGUUGGGCAAUGACAGAUUUAUGGAAGAUAUAAAAAUCAAAUGGUGUAAAGCCAGGGCACAUGCAAUGCGGUGGAAGGAGGAGGUUGAGUUGUUGUGGAAGGAGAUGCGGAGGAUCUUACAGUUCUUUGAUUGGCAAGCCAUGUCUUGGGAUGAGCGCAUGAAUUAG